GAUUGACUUCUAAAGACUCUUGGUACAUGAGGAAGAAACCCGGAAGUGGAAGAGGAAAGCAAAGGAGUCAGGGAUGGCUCUUCCUCAGGGUCUAUUGACAUUCAGGGAUGUGGCCAUAGAAUUCUCUCAGGAGGAGUGGAAAUGCCUGGACCCUGCUCAGAGGACUCUAUACAGGGACGUGAUGUUGGAGAAUUAUAGGAACCUGGUCUCCCUGGGUGAGGAUAACUUCCCCCCUGGGGAUGUGCCGGGCACGGUGGCUCACGCCUGCAAUCCCAGCAGUUUGGGAGGCCGAGGUGGGCAGAUCACGAGGUCAGGAGAUCGAGACCAUCCUGGCUAACGCAGCGAAACCCCAUCUCUACUAAAAAUACAAAAAAUUAGCCGGGCAAGGUGGCGGGCGCCUGUAGUCCCAGCUACGCGGGAGGCUGAGGCAGGAGAAUGGCGUGAACCCUGGGGAGUGGAGCCUGCAGUGAGCCGAGAUCACGCCACUGCACUCCAGCCUGGGUGAAAGAGCGAGACUCCGUCUCAAAAAAAAAAAAAAAAAAGGUAUUGCAAGAUUUAUAGUAGAGUCCCUAAACAUCCUUUGUUUAAUAAGAUUGGUCAGCCUGCGGUGAUGUUGAUGAUGAGAUGCUCCUGUUCCUGUCUCUGUCAUUUCACUGUUAGAAAUAGCUUAGACUGACUGGCCACAGUGGCUGACGCCUCUAAUCCUAGCACUUUCAAAGACCAAAGUGGGUAGAUUGCUUGAGGUCAGGAGUUUGAAAACAGUCUAGCCAACAUGGUGAAACCUGGAAUGUACUAAAUGGCAAAAAUGGGCCAGGCACAGUGGCUCACACCUAAAAUCCCAGCACUUUGGGAGGCUGAGACAGGUUGAUCACUUGAGGUCAGGAGUUCAAGACAAGCCUGGCCAAUAUGGUAAAACCCCAUCUCUACUAAAACUGCAAAAACCAGCUGUGCAUGGUGACAUGCGCCUAUACUCCCAGCUACUUGGGAGGCUGAAGCAGGAGAAUCACUUGAACCCAUGAGGUGGAGGUUGCUGGGAGCUGAGAUCAUGCCACUGCAUGGGCAACAGAGUGAGACUCUGGGCUGAGGAGGGAGAAUCACUUGAGGUAGGAGAAUCCUGCCACUACACUCCAGCCUGGGUGACAGAGCAUGACUCGAUCUGAAAAACAAACAAAAAAGGAAGUAGCUUACACUGGGAAACUUAAGACACAGAAAUUUAUUUCUCAUGAAUUUGGAAAGUGGGAAAUCCAAGAGCAAGGUGCCAGCCAAAUUGAUUCCUGGUGAGAGCCUUCUUCAUGGUUUAGCCCAGCCAUCUUCCUGCCAUGUCCUAAUAUGGUGGAAAGAGGAACAGGCAGUGAGCUCUUUAAUGUCUCUAUAAAUGCACUAGUCCUAUUCAUGAGGAGUCAACACCCACGACUAAAUUCUCUCAAGGUCUGCAUCUGCAGGAACAUCCUAUUAGAGAAUACCACAUCUACCAAAGCUUAUUCGAGAAGUAGUUAUUUAUCUUAUUUUAUUUUUUUGAGAUGGAAUCUCAUCUUGCUGCCCAGGCUAGAGUGCACUAUCUUGGCUCACUGCACCCUCAGCCUUCCAGGUUCAAAUGAUUCCUGCCUCAGACUCCCAAGUAGCUGGGAUUACACGCACCUGCCACCAUGCCCAGCUAAAUUUUUUUGUAUUUUUAGUAGAGAUGGGGUUUCACCAUUUGUUCCAGGCUGGUCUCGAACUCCUGACCUCAUGAUCCACCUGACUCAGCCUACCAAAGUGCUGGGAUUACAGGUAUGUGCCACCAUGGCCAGCCAUUAGUCAAUUCUUAUUCCUCAUAAUUCUGUGUAUUUUCUUCACCUCAUACUUCAGAAGGUAGUGAUGUUAACAUGUAUUUCAGUUCUUAUGUUGUGUACUGGUGGUAACUACAAGUUAUGACUUUUUUCUUAAGAGGGAAUUGUUUAGAAUUCUGCAGGCAGUAUAAAUUGACUUAUUAUUUUCUUCCUUUUAUGAGUGUUCGGUAUGUGGUAUUCAAUAUAACUGACACACUCCCUUCGUUAAUGUCACAAACUGCCGCUGGGCACAGUGGCUCAUGCCUGUAAUCCCAGGACUUUGGGAGGCUGAGACGUGUGGAUCACAUGAGUUCGAGAUCACAGGAGUUCACGGGAGUUCGAGACUAGCGUGGCCAACAUGCUGAAACCGCAUAAAAAUUAGCUGGGCAUAGUGGCGUGUGCCUGUAAUCCCAGGUGCUCAGGAAGCUGAGGCAAGAGACUCGCUUGAACCCAGGAGGCGGAGGUUGCAGUGAACCAAGAUUAUGCCAUUUCACUCCAGCCUGGGUGACACAGUGAGACUCCAUCUCAAAAAAAUAAAAAUACAAAAAAUUUUUUUUAAAAAAGUCACAACGUACCUAUUCCACAUGGAUAUAGGUAAUUUUGUAACAGUUAUUCAGAAAAAUAUGGUAUUAACAUUUUCUUUUUUUUUUGAGAUGGAGUCUCACUCUGUUGCCCAAGGUGGAGUGCAAUGGUGUGAUCUCAGCUCACCACAAUCUUUGCCUCCUGAGUUCAAGUGAUUUUCCUGCCUCAUCCUUUCAACUAGCUGGGAUUACAGCCGCCCAUGACCAUGCCCGGCUACAUUUUAUAUUUUUAGUAGAGAUGGGGCUUUGCCAUGUUGGCCAGGCUGGUCGAACUCCUAACUUGAGGUGAUGCUCCUGCCUCAGCCUCCCAAAGUACUGGGAUUACAGGCGCGAGCCACCACCCCCUGCCUUUUUUUGUUUUCUGAGGUGGAGUCUCACUUUGUCACCUAGGCUGGAGUGCAGUGGAGCAAUGUGGGCUCACUGCAAACUUUGCAUCUUGGCUUAAAUCAGUUCUUAUGCCCAAGCCUCCCUAGUAGCUGGGACGACAGGGUGGGCCAUCACACCUGGCUAAUUUUUGUAAUCUUAUCUUCUCAGUGCUAUGAUUGUUUAAUAAUACAGAAUUUCCAUUGAUUUUGGUUAUCCUUACAAGAGCUUGUUGUGAUUAUUUACCAAUAUAGCACAUUGUCUGGUUUUUUAGCAUUUAUUUGUAUAUGCUAAAUAUACUGUAUAUAUGAAGAAUACAUAUUUUUCUCUUCCUUGAUGUGACAGUGAUAUAUUUUUUGCACUGUGUGAUACCCCUUAGGAUUAAAGUGGAAAAAUACUCCUUACUUUAGGCUUAUGUGUGUUUGUACCCUGUCAGUGUUUUGUCAUGAUAUUGGAAAUAGGCUUCUGUAAAAAUGAUUUGAAGUAUAUGUAAUCGGCCUUUAUUUAUUAAAGGAUCUUACUCA